AUGGACAACGAUGAACCGGUACCAACGUCUGAUCCUGAAGAGUUGGAAGAGUUCAAGGCCGGUUCUCCUUCCUACUGGAGAGGACGCGAGCAGCUGCGCUUGCGCGCUCAUACCGUAGAUGCCGAUAUGGUUGCUCUUGGAGAUCUGUCUCACGCACUGGGCUUAUGCGCUGAAUACGAUUCCUCACCUUCACCUUCACCUCAAUCGCGACCGUACUCUCCGCCGAAUAUCAAUGCUGCGCCGACUCGCUCGCAGAGCAACUCGGCUACAUCCCCUACUCCCAGGGACAGACACACACCCCAACACAUGCAGAGUUCUUCACCCGCAUCCAGUUCGCUGCUUCCUACACCCGCCAUUGAUUCCGACGAUGAAGACCCGUUGAUCGCUGCUGGAUACGACACAGACCAUAUUGACAUGCAGGAGGGAGCAGUUGAUGCGCACGUCGCGUCAUUUGCUGUAGACUCAAUCGGUCUCUCCCCCGGUCGUUCCAUCAAGGAUUCUCUUCCACUAAUUCCUGAUGCACCUUCUCCGACACUAUCCCCUUCAGCGGACCCACUCUCCCUCUUCAGUCCCCCACCAAGUUUCCCUCGGACACCGCCCCGACGCGCUGUACAACCUUGCGCUUCUCCAUCAGCGUCUUCUAGAGUAUCUCAGUCGUCGCGACACUCCUCCCCGCUCACGCCAAUUCACUCGCCAACAAGACCCAGGAGCGCGAGUCUCUCCCCAAAACCCUCAUCUCCUGUCGCGGGUCCUUCGACCGUACAUCUACCGGUGGGCGAAAUCCCAGAAGAGCAAUUGGCGAACAUCGCUGCUGAACAAGCGCAGGCGCGCUAUUCGCUGCGCACGCGUCUUGCCCGUCAGAAGAACCCCUACGCAUACGACAAGGCCCUGUACAAGCAGCAGAUGCGCUCAAACCCAGACGCCAUCGUCAAGGUGAUUAGUCCUCGCCGCCGCAGCAGGCAUCGCAGUAGGAGCGCGGCGCGCUCAGGAGACGAGGGUAGUGAUGGUGACUAUUCAGGGCAGGAGGACGAUCAGGACGCGGAGGACGAAAGUCAGAGACAAAGGGAGGGCAGAACACGAAGUAUGAGUCGUGAGGUAGCGUCGGUAUUUGAUGCGGAUGAAGGAGAGGAAGAAAGGUCGUCUAGGCGGCGACCGCGGCAUAGGAGGAGCCCAAGCAAUCAAAUGACUGCCGCGGGGCCUGCGCAACAAUCACCAAGAUUGGAUAAUUCCAAGGACCCGCCGCAGCGAACAAGGUGGCAGCCAAGCGCAUUUAACGAGACGUUUAGCAGCGACGACAGCGCCGUCGAUGAUGUUGCAGAUAAACAGGAAACAAAUCCUCGUCGAAGGCGCGCAAGACCAUUCCCUAUGAGGAGGAAGCACAUAUCACGCAAAUCGGAUACUCCAGAGCGAGCUGCUACUGAGUCUAGGUCAGACGAACACGCGGAGCCGGUCGCUAAGAUCACCCCCAACGAUAGCUCUGAUGAACACAUCGACGAACCCGCGCCGACGUGGCGACGGCGGAAGAGCUCAGCGUCGCUUCCCUUGCAGACGCCCCCGAGUUCCCCCUUCCCAGGCGAUGCCAGCUUUCAGGACAUGCAAUGGCAUCCUCUUGACCUCGAUAACGACUUCCCCCACCAUGCUGGCAGCCCCAUGCCUCCACCCUCAUCGACGCCUGUGGUCGUGGACAUGUCACCACCUCACAGCACACGACCAUCCGAAGCGUCCGACUCCGAUGUCAUGAUAGUUUCUGACGGUCAUCACUCAUCUCCUACUCGCUCCGUCGACGAUCUUGACGGUGACUCUGGCACCAAUGAUUCAUUCGUCAACGAGAUGCGGUCCGAAGACCGCACAGCUUUGAGUCAUAUGUGGCCGCGAGUCAUGAUAGAUCAACACUUCCGUAACGUACAGGAAUCCAGGCCGCGACGCCCUGCUACGCCGCCGAUCCGCGGUAACAGUGAGGAUAGAGAGGAAGAACAGCCGUUAAGACCUGAUGCCACCUCGGAGUCAGACAUGGACAGGCCCCGUCAAAGCAAGCGACGUGCAGGACGGGAGGUUCGACAGUAUGCUUCCGCUGAGGGAGAUCUUGGGGUUCCCGAGCAGUCAUCUCGUCGGAACGGGCCUACGGGUGGAGCAGUUUGGGAGCAGGACCCCAUCGAUCGCAUGCUGACACGCACGAGGUUUUCCGAUGACAAGAAGAACCGCACGAGGAAAAGUCGUUCGCGCGGCGGUGCAAAGAUUUCCUCGAAUACGCUACAUGUCGUCACGGCCGGAGCUAGGCAUGCUUCAGGUCGUCAGACGGUUCUCUCUUUCGAGCGUGCUUCAAGAUCACGAAGCGCCUCUCCGUUUGAAGAUGUUCCCGUCAGGCAACAUAUUCAGACCGGUGACGGCCGUUCCAAGGCAAAAGCGAAGCGCAAAGGCAAGGAGCCGCGUGACCAGGGUACCUCAUUCGCGUUUGCUGGCGAAGGCGGGCAGAUUGUCUCCGGGAGAGCACACAAGACACCCGUGACGAUUGAUGCGGAGCAAGUCGCAACCAAUACCGCCUCUCCCUCUCGAGGGACGAAAGCCGCGGCGGCCAAGGAGCGUACUCUACAAGACUACUGGAGUGAUGACGCAGACCAAUUGCAUGCACGAGUCCCUGUCGAGGCGGGUAGCAAGCAUAACUACCUUCGCGUCGUAUCACGCUCGACUGCGCCGUACCGUAUCUGGGUGCUGGUCGAAGCUUCGGAACCGAUUGCUACCUCCAACGAGGAUGUCUCUACGAAUUGGAGGACUCAUUACUACCGAGCGCGAUCGUCCUACCGGAUGGAGUGGAUCCAGCCUUCACAAGAAGAAUUGCCGAGCUGUGGAGAUGCCUAUCUCGACACCAACGAUCGUCUCGUUCUCUUUGGGGCAUCUUACAAGAACUCAUUUCCAAUGAAGGACUCCUGGACAACGCUGCCACAAAGGUCGACGCUAUUUGUCACUCUGGCGCUCGAUCGCGUCGAGUUAACUACAGACGCCGUUCGGGAUCAAUCUCUUUCGAUGGAAAUAUUCAAGAGUCGCAACUUUGCCAACCUGUCGGACGAAACUCCGGAACUCCCGAGUUUCCUUCGGCACAGCGAUAUCAGCCUCCUAUUCGAGAACAAGCUCAGUGAUACCGCCUACACCCUGCUACUGAAGCUCGUCGUGAAGGCAGCGGGUGAUACACGUCCGCGGAACGACGGAGAUCAUGGUACUGUAGGUCCAUCACCGAAGGUGAAAAAGCUGCUAUCCCUUUGCAUCCCUCGCGGAUCUGUGCCUUUCACCAAGGGCAAGCCACCGACUUCGCAACACCUAUCCAUGUUGUACAAUCGAUUUAGCGCUGUGGCCGUUGCUUUCUACCUCGAACCAUCCAUGGGGAACAUCAAGCAUUGCCUACUGCCGUACGGCGAUAUGUCAUCUUCGAGGACGCCGAUCACGAAUACUGGACGAGUACGUGCGAACACGCGGCGAUAUUCAAGUAGCUACGGUGUCCAACUACUGCUCGGAUGUGCGCGUCGCAUCAUCGAGACCCCUGUCAUGAACCCGGGCCAAACUGUGUCAGAGUAUCCGGAUCCUGCCUGGUUGAGAGGCCCGUGGGUUAAGCGUAUCUUUCCCUCGAUACGCAACUCAGCGCCAACCCGCUCUUCCUCCACCACGGCGGGUACGACCAUCGUUGAGACGGCGGAGGAUAGUCAGGAAAGUCAGGAGUACUUCGAUGUGGAAGACAUGAAUUGGGACGAUCCAGAGCUUGUCGCUGCACUCGAUCCCGAGAACUCAGCGAAGGGAAAAGAGUUAAAGCAGAAUGACGAAGCCGUAUGCGAGAUCAUUGUUCAAGACAUCGCCGAGACGAUCUAUCGCCUCGUGAUGAGGCACUUCAGCGGCCCCAAUGAGUCUGAGUCCUUGGAACAGUACAGCGACGAGACGGAUAGGUGGGUGGAUUGCUGGGUCGGAUGUGCCAGCGUGCUGGUUCAAAACGGCAAAAGGUCCUGGGAAAAGAUCAGCGACGAUUCCUGGCGUCGUCGUGUCGGCCUGCGAUUCAUGUUGAUGGUUCUCCGAUUGGAUCCUUCCGCAUACUUUGUGUACCAGUUCCAAUUUCUUGACGUUCUCAUGCAGAGUUUAGUGCAACAAAGAUCACCAUGA